AUGACAGUGACCAAGACCAACGUUGCCAAUAAUGGCGACAUUGCAGAGUUGAUCGAUUUUGUGAGGUCCAACUCUCCAUUCUACGCCGAGUUCUGGGAAUCGACAGUUGCCAGCAAAGACGCAUCAGUCUCGUUGGACAACUUGCCCACCGUCGACCAUGAGUCCUUUUGGCAGGCCAACACCUGCCUUAACAGCAAGGUAAUCACAUCGAAGCAGAAAGACGGCAUCGUCUUUAAGACAGGUGGUAUGUCACUCCUACUCAUUCAUAUCUCGACUAGCCGCUCAAUACGUGUAGGAACAACAAAUCAUCCCAAAGUCUCAUUUUACAACCAAAAAGAGCUUCAUGGGCUUUCGACACAACUAGCCGAGUCCCUCGCUCGCUGUGGCGUUGGCGAGGGAGACAUGGUGGCGAAUCUGUUUUACGCCGGUGAUCUUUAUGGCAGUUUCUUGCUGCACAUCUUGUCGGUGUACUACCUGCCCGGAGGUGCUAUCCAGCUCCCAGUCGCUGGCCAUGUUGGAAUCUCCUCUAUGGAAAGGCAAAUCAUUGAGUUUGAGGCCACGGUCGUCCUCGCCACGGUUACGACAAUGUCUCAACUUGCAGAGCGCAUUCUCAACGCCGGAAAGACGCAUCCUUCUGUUCGUCUACUCCUGUUCUCCGGAGAGGCCUUUUACGACGACCAGGCCGGUCUGCUCAAAGCCGCCUUCCCAAACGCCACCGUCAGAUCUGUGGUCUACGGGUCAAUGGAUUGCGGCAUUAUGGGCCUGCCGCCGAAGCCCGAGCAUUACGACAACGAUCCCCGCCUCCAUCAAGUCAACAGCCCCAACGUCAUCAUCGAAAUCAUCGAUGAGGACGGCCGGGUCAUAACCACGCCAGGCGAAGCGGGAAGCCUAGUGGUGACCAACAUGGAGCGGCGCCUCAUGCCCAUUAUCCGGUACCCAUCCGGCGACCGGGCCACGUGGGUAGACCCCGCGUUAGGUCUGUUCCGCAUCCUUGACAGGGACCGCACGGCCAUCCGUCUUGGUCCCGUUUCCAUCGACUUUGUGGACCUUCGACGCAUCGUCGCGACCGUUCUCAACGACAAGCCUGUGGGCAAGAUCCAGGCCGUCGUCACGAGAGAAAAUCGUAAAGAUCUUCUCACCCUGAACGUGGCUUACAAACCUGCAACGCAGGAAGAGAGUUUGCAGCUGCAGGCAGGGCUCAAGCGGGAAUUGAGUGUGGUGCGGCCCAUGUUUCGAGAACACGUCGAGAAGGAUCUGGUAAAUGAGCUUAGAAUUAACUUUAUCACUAUGCAGGAACUUGCUGUCAAUCCCAGAAGUGGAAAGAUUGUCGAAGUGCUGGACCUUAGAUCGACGACAGUAUAA